CUCCCAUGAUUUAUUCUCAGUUUGCCUGCCGAACCGAACGGACGCGAGCCUCAACGAGAAAUGGCUAGAACCGGAAUUCAGAUGCUGCUACUUGUUGCGCUGGCGGCGGCGAUAAGUGGAGCAAGUGCCUCCAGCAUCCCGGAAGAGGUGCCCUACAAUCCGCUGGAACACGACUCCCUGCACGCCAAGCACUUCGAUGGGGGCGAGCACAAUGCCCAGUUUGACCACGAAGCCUUCUUGGGCCCCGACGAGUCCAAGAAAUUCGACAACCUGACGCCCGAGGAGAGCAGGCGGAGAUUGGGCGUCAUUGUGGACCGAAUUGACGAGGACAAGGACGGCUUUGUCACUUUGGCGGAGCUGAAGAACUGGAUCGCCUACACCCAGAGGCGCUACAUCGAUGAGGACGUGGGUCGUCUGUGGAAGCAGCACAAUCCGGAUAACAAUGAGACCAUCAGCUGGGAUUCCUACAUGCUUACCGUAUACGGCUUCAUGGACGACCUGAGCACGGACGAGAAGGAACAGGAAGAAAACGGAGUCAGCUACAAGAGCCUGCUGAAACGCGAUCGGUACCGCUGGUCGGUGGCCGACCAGGAUUUGGAUGACAAGCUCACCAAGGAGGAGUUCACCGCCUUCCUGCACCCCGAGGACCAUCCCACCAUGAAGGGUGUGGUGCUGCUGGAGACCAUUACCGAUCUGGACAAAGACCACGAUGGCAAGAUCUCGGUGGACGAGUACAUCGGCGACAUGUACCGAUCGACGGACGAGGAUGACGAGGAGCCUGAGUGGGUGGCCAACGAAAGGGAGGCGUUCUCCGUGCAUCGCGACCUGGACAAAGAUGGCUAUUUGAACGAGGAGGAGGUGAAGCUGUGGAUUGCGCCCCACGACUUCGAUCAUUCGGAGGCCGAGGCCAAGCACCUGCUGUUCGAGGCCGAUUCGGACCACGAUGAUAAGUUAACGAAGGAGGAAAUACUGGAGAAGUACGACGUUUUCGUGGGCUCCCAGGCCACUGAUUUCGGAGAGGCCCUGGCCCGCCACGAUGAGUUCUAGAAAGCCUAGAUCGAAGUGACCCAGCAUCCCUGAGAUUAAGAUUGAUCCUAUGAAUCUCCCAUUUCGCAUGCCAAAUAACUUUUAAACCUUGUCUAGACCUUAAGAGCAUUGAAAGUGCAUUAUAAACCGACUCGAAUGAAGGGGCUCCCAUUUGUAUGGCACCACGACUAAUUGAUUAGAGGUGAUUUGUUUAAUUGAAAGGCGUCCACGUCAGCUCUUGGAGCAUCAAUGGCCACGUCACCGGAACGAAACCCCAUCCACACACACAUGCGGUCACUUGACCUCUCGUCUUUGCCCCGAGUCACAGAUACGCCGCAUUUGCCUGUGUAACAUAUGUAUAAACAUAAAUGGUUUUCGCUGUAGCCCGAUUUAUUUCCAGCUGCGAGAACAUUCCAAAGAGAGGGAGUGCACCGAAAAAAACUGGGAUGAGGAAUCUUGAUUGCCUACUUUUCCCACAUACUUGGGCUGGAUACUACAUUUUUAAUGUCAAUAGUUAACUAUAUUUAACAUGAUCAAUUUAGUUGCAAUAUGUUUAAUAAAAUGCUUUUAUUAAUUCUA